CAAUAUCAAAGGAAAUGAGAUUGAUACUUCCAACUGUAAAUUACGCACGUGUAAUUUACAUUUCCAUUUCGAUUGCCAAGAUGAAGUCCGUCUUCGCCUUAAUUUUGCUCGUAGAGAUCUUCUUUGGACAGGGGACGGCGGAUGUGAUAGAAGAUAACAAAGAAGGCGCCAUGAAUUUUAUAGCGCAGUGUCUGGAUGAAACGGGCGUUAGUCUGGAGGAGCUUAAAGUCGCGAUUAAAAGUGAUAAGUUUGAUUACUAUCCCAUCGACUUGUUCAUGAAAUGUUAUGAAGAGACCAUGUUUGCUAUAGACGAACCAAUUUCGCGGCACUGCGCCGAAUUGAACGGAUAUGAAUUGAUGAAGUAUUUAGAAUGCUAUCAGGACAUUCUAAUUGACUAUCUCUCAGAUUUUGCAGAAGAGAUGAUUAGUGUAGAUCCAAAGAGAAUGUGAACUAAUGGUAAUAAAUAUUCAUAAGUG